AAAUCUCCGAUCUAAUUAAUGUUGUACGUUUGGCAACAGUGGACGCCUCCACUUAUUUUGACAUCUGGACGCAUCUGACACAAUAAACAAAACUUAAAAAUAUAAAUAAUAGUAAAAAUAUUCAUUAAACGAAUAUGACUACGACGGAUGAGAGAGCGGUGUUCGCCAAAUUGGAAGCUUUAAAGGAAAUCAGAGCUAAAACAAUCCAACUUGAAAAGCUGAAAGCCAGAUUAGUGUACGAGGUAGAAACACAAGAUCAAGAGGAAAAAUGUCUAUCAGAGUACAAACAAGAAAUGGAUUUGUUGUUGCAAGAAAAAAUGUCACAUGUGGAGGAACUACGACAAAUCCAUGCAGACAUAAAUGCUAUGGAAGGAGUGAUAAAGCAAGCAGAGGAGUCUCGUAACAGAUCCAUGAAUGCAGCAGUUAGGUUACAUGAGGACUAUUUGCCUCUGAAAAAUGAAAUUGAUAGACUGAGAAGGGAGUGUCUAGGACUAGAUCGUUUACCUGAUUUACAUGAAGAAGAGGGAUCCACAAUUACACCUGAAAAAUUCCAGCAGCUCUACAAUUCAAACAAGUCGCAGACGCCUAGUUUCCAGAAGAGUGCAGAUUGGACAAGGCCUAUUCCUCCAUCAGAUACCCCAAUAAACUCACUGGCGCCCCCAAUGCCGCCCACGUUUCUGCCGCCUCCAAAUCCUUUGAGACUUGUUGCAAACAAACCGGAACCGGGCAGACCGGGUACCAAUAUGGCUCCUGCGUCUCACCCUGGUCCCCCCACACCCACAUUCAGGUCGGAUCUUAGUUUGAGGCAACAACCGCCUCCAAUGAAAUCGUGUUUGAGCUGUCACCAGCAGAUCCACAGAAAUGCGCCGAUCUGUCCAUUGUGUAAAGCCAAAUCAAGGUCCCGGAAUCCGAAAAAGCCCAAGAAAAAGGAACAUUAGGUUUAAACAAAUCAUUAGUUAGGAUAGUUUCUCCUAAAUAGUGUGAAAAAAAACUUAUUUUUAAAGAUACUUAGCAGUAAUUAAUGUUGUCGUUUAUUUUCAGUAAUUUCAUUUACUGAUGCCCUGUUCUGAAACGUUAAAUAUAAGCUCCUGUACUUAAUAAUUAAUGUGAAAUCCAAAUUUAAACUGACAAAAUGAACUGACCGACAUGACCUUAACUUUGCCUAAAAUUAAUGAUAGGUGAAAUCGAGAUUUUUGUCGAUUAUUUCCAUCGUUCAAACUUCACUAUUGUUCUCUUGCGAUCAACAGAAAAAGAUUUCUAAGUUGAGGCAUAACUCUAUCUUUAAUUGUUUCAUUUGACUGUUUAACAUCUCUGACUCGCCCAUCACUGAAACUGUAUUUCUGUGAUCAGAAAUUUUAUAAGCUUCUAUAUAUACUUUUAUGUAACCUUUCCUUAUGAUUUAUGUAAGAAUAUUUAUUGUAUGAAGUAAGUGUAUUAUGUAAAACUAACAAUAAAAUAAUGGAAUUUUA